UAGUGUUUGUAAACUGUGGACAGUUGAUCAGUCGUGUUGUUGGAAAUAAUUUUCGAGAGUGUAAAUGAACGUUACCAUUAUUUACUAAUGCAGCAUCGAGCAACUGCCAAAUGUCUGUUUGACAGGCAAAAUUAACACUCAAUUUUAGUAAUUCAAUUUUUUUAAUUGCUCAAAAAAUCGGAGUGAAUUUUCUUGAAAUGGAGCAUACUGGUUUUACAGAAAAAACCGUCAAAAUGGACAUUGAAGAAACUUGUAAGAAACUGGAUUUGCUUUGCAUAGAGGAACUGGAAAUAAUGGAAGAAUAUAUUCGUUGCAAGGUUGAAUUGGAAAAGCUAAUGAAAGCUGGUUUCCUGAAUAUCGCCAAAGCUCGUUAUAUAAUGGGAAAAACUUCUGUUUCAUCAUUGCAACUGCCUUCAGAAGAUGCUUCAGAUGUCACUGCACUAUGUAAGGUCGUUUUAGACAAGAAAAGUUCAGCUGAAGAUAGAGAGUUUCAGCUCAUGUUAGAUUUCAAAGAUCAAGGCAAACAAGUGGAUGAUGUGACUCCCGCUCCCCGGAAGAGAAACAUCACUGAUGAGAACAAACUAAUGGAGGAGAAACCUGAUUCCAAAUUUAAGACUCAAGAUUCUGAUCCUCUUAGGUGGUUUGGUGUUUUAGUGCCACAGAAUUUACGGCAAGCACAAACUAACUUUCAGUCUGCCCUACCAUUGGUUAUUGAAUGUGCUAACCUUCAGCUGAAGUUGUUAGAUUCCUAUGACAAACACAAAAAAGCUCUAAGGAGGAAAAAGGAUAUUUCUACAACAUGAUAAUGAAUUUUUUGGCACUAUAGUGAAUUAUGUACAUCUUAUGAAAUGAGCUGCCAACUUAUGUAUGCAUUCCACAUAAUCUUUGUGUUACUAAUAAAUAAGUGCAUGAAGCAUUAUUGAACAAAUUAUAUGUGGAGUUGGUGGUGGUGGUGGUGGUAAAGGUGUAAACAACGAGCUGUGUAUUUUCUACCUUGAUAAUUUUGUUGUUGUAAUUGUUUCAUUUUUAUAUUACUUUAAAGUUAAAAAAUGCAAACAUUGUAAGUAAAUAUACGUAAAUGUGUUGGAGCGAACUUGCAAUGCCAGAGUCAAAUUUGAACACAAAACUAUGGCUAAGAAUAAGAACAACAUCCUUCUGUGAGUUAUUGAAACUGAAAUGAAUAGACCAGGGCUGUUUCAAAGAUCUUGAACAUUGAGCUGUUUGAGCAAGGUUUUUGUCUUGAUGAGCUAUCAGAGAGGAGCACCAUUCAGAUUGGCAGAACCAAAAUGGGACAAGAUGUGCGAUGUAAGUUGAAAGCAAUAGACAUGGUAUUCAGCCUAAUUACAAUUUGACAUAAAAAAUGGUGUGGUCUUUUGCAAUUUCCAGUCUAGGUUAUACAUGAAAUUAAUGACAUUUAAAAUAAUGUUACUUUAUCCACUAUAAUGAGCUAUAUACAUUAUAUUAUUGUAUUCACCAAAAUUUUAUCUGCAAUGAGAGUGAAGAAUCAGUUCAUUAGGAUUUUGCUUUGAAAAACGCUGAGCUUAUAUUGACGAGGAACAGGUUUAAAAUCCAUAUCUGUGUAUCCUGAUAAGGUUUACAUGUUUUCCUUAAAACAAAAGAGCUGAAAGUUGGAUAAUUUCUUAACGAAGCCAUCCCCACCCCAUCCUCCUCUAACUGAGCUAAUGUUCUAUGUCAGAAUGACCUAAUGUUGCAUUUCAUGUCUUAUAACCACCAGUGCCCAUGUGUUACAUUACUUAUGUGAUGUACAUUUGUAUGUAUGUUCUUACUGCUGUACAAACUGUUUCUUCAAUAUGUAAAAAUUCCGAAUAAUUUUGGAGAAUUUUACAGAUGAAAACCAAUCUUCUGUAUUUUCUAUGGUUACCAUUAGUGAUGUGAAUAAAUAUAUCAUGUACUUAAUGAGAAAUUUUGGGUGUACCAUAGUCGCAAGUAUCUUGAUAAACAGGUUCAUUGUUUAGCAAGUUAAUGUUAAGAAUGUGAUGCUUAAGCUAAAAGCACCUACCAGGUGUGCAAGAAAUAUAAUUUUGUUAUUUACAUCAUAGUGAGUGUUGCAUAAAAAAUUUAAUUUCUUUGUAGCCUACAUAAAAACAUCAAUCUUAACAAUGUGCUGUGAUCUUUAACAUGUUACUUAGAAAAAUAAGACAUUGUAUUUAUGAGAAGUUACAGUUUCUGUUUGUUUUGUGUUUUUGAAACAGUGUCAAAAAUGGUUCAAAUGGAUCUGAGCACUAUGUGACUUAACAUCUGAGGUCAUCAGUCCCCUAGAACUUAGAACUGCUUAAACCUAACUAACCUAAGGACAUCACACACAUCCAUGCCCAAGGCAGGAUUCGAACCUGCGACUGUAGCGGUUGUGCAGCUCCAGACUGAAGCACCUAGAAUAGCUCGGCUCCGGCAACAAUAUCAUGUCACGUUUUUUUGUUUCUCUGACUGUGAAUUCUAUGCCCACUGUGAAUCAUGUGACUAUAGAUAGACUGAUGGUGAUUUCUAUCACAAAGUAUACACCAAUUUUGAUACUGCAUUUUGUUUCCCAUAUUUGUGUAACAAUAUUAGCAACUUGAGAAAACACCCAAUAAAAUAUUUUUACCAUUA